GUGACCGGUUGGCUGACUCCACCAUCACACUCGCCUUGGCCCUCCUUCGCACUCCUCUUUCUCGUGACCACGCCCCUUCCUUCACAUCCAAUCCCGACAAUGGAGCCCAUCAAGGUCCAAUCAGAAGGUGGACUGAAUGUGACCCUCACCAUCCGCCUGCUGAUGCACGGCAAGGUACGGAAGUCAAACGCAGCCGGAAACCCGACCUCAGGCUGUGCAGACGCCUCCUACUGGCAGAUUUCAUUAAAUACUGAAGGAAAAGGACGAUUCUGUUUCUCUAACGCUGUUUGUUUUUGUUGCAGGAGGUCGGGAGCAUCAUAGGAAAGGUAUUUAUGAUCACAAAGUCAUUAAAAAAAAGGUUUAGAGAUGAAUGAGUCCGAACAGCUCAACGAUGUGGUUUCUCUUUCUCUGCAGAAAGGAGAGACGGUGAAGAAGAUGCGUGAGGAUGUAAGUUCAUCACUUCAGGAAAGUUCGUCCUCCGUUAGAGCGGAUUUUUAAAAAUAUUUGUGCCUGUUUUUGUUUUUUGUCCUGCCUGCAGAGCGGCGCCAGAAUCAACAUCUCAGAGGGGAACUGUCCUGAGCGGAUAGUCACCAUCACCGGGCCGACAGACGCCAUUUUCAAGGCCUUCGCCAUGAUCGCCUACAAGUUUGAAGAGGUGAAACCGUCAUUUCUCGACAUGAGCAGUGGUUCUCAACUGGUGGGUCCUGACCCAAAAGUGGGUCGCGGUCACGUUCUGGACGGUCAAAGCAGAAGAUAAUUAAUGCACAGAGCUUUUAUUUUGAAAAAUAGCUCAUUUUGUGCAAUUUGAUUUUUAAUUAAUAUUUGAUAUUUUCUGCACAUGUAACUUCAGGAGAUGUCGUCCUCAGUUCAUGCGCCGCAAAAAAGGAGGGUCUAAAAACAAGAUAAAAACACUAAAAACAAGAUAAAACAAGAUCAAAUAAGAUAAAAACACUAAAAACAAGAUAAAAACAAGAUCAAAUAAGAUAAAAACACUAAAAACAAGAUAAAAACAAGCUCAAAUAAGACAAAAACAAGAUAAAAACACUAAAAACAAGAUAAAAACAUAAUCAAAUAAGAUAAAAACAAAAUAAAAACACUAGAUCAUUUCACUAAACAAGAUUUCUUGAAUGAAGAUUGUUCAGUCUAGAAAUAAUCAUGUCUACAAAUGUAUUUGGAAGAUUAAAGUCAGACAAACAUGCUGGUUUAAGAUCAGAUGAUUAAAAUGUCACUUUUCCAGCCCUAAAAUCAGUGAAAUCGACUAAAUCUAAUCAAUGACAUAUUUAUUUUUCUUCCUUUGAUCAAAUGAAGCUGAAGAUUAGUUCAACCAAAAAUAGAAAUGUAGAGAAAAAAUUGAUUCUGAUUCUGAAUCUAAGUUUGGUUUUGUUGUCUUGGUAAGAACUGGAUUGUUCUCAGUGUGUGCUCUGAAAUCCCCUUAUUCAAUAAAACAGGUGUAUUUGUGUCAGAGAUUCGAGUUUUAAAAAGGAUAAAAAAUACAUUUGUUUGGUUUGAUUUCUGUAAAAGUGGGUCGUGACCUCUGGACUCCUGUUGAGAACCUCUGAUUUAGAGUUUUUUACCCGCCCUGGUUCUGAGGUUCAGCUCUGUGACAGUUUGGAUCUCUUCUGUGAGGACAGUAAACUGCUUCUGUGCCGGUCUCUCUCCUCUCUAACUCACCUCUCUGUCUCGGUCUCCUCUCCUCAGGAUAUCAUCAACUCCAUGAGCAACAGUCCAGCCACCAGUAAACCUCCCGUAACCCUGCGGCUCGUCGUCCCGGCCAGCCAGUGCGGCUCGCUCAUCGGGAAGGGCGGCUCCAAAAUCAAAGAAAUGAGAGAGGUAGAGUCUGAAACAGAAAUAACUUCUAUAUGUGAGGAAAAAAAAACACUUUCCAUUUCCUGGUAAUAAAAUCAAAGAAGCUCAUUUCACAUUUAUUCACAAACUGUAUUUAACUCCAAUGAAAACGCAUGAAAUCUCAGAGCGUAUCUGUGGAUGUAAGAGGACUGAGGGAACAUUUGUGUUGAACAGUUUAUGUUUUUGUGAAUGGGAUCUUCGAAAAAGUUUCUGGAAAUCAAUUUUAUUCCUUCAAACAUUCAGUUUCUGAAACUGAAUUUGAUCUCAGACCACUGGAUCUUCAGCUGGACCGAAAAAAUGCAGAAAAUUAAUUAUAAUCACAUAUUUGGCUAAGAAAUGUGUAAUUUGUCUGUAUGCAUGUGUAUGAGUAUGUUCAUAUAUACAGCCUAUAAACACACUUGAGUUUAUUAAUAUUAUUGUUGCAGCCUUUUUCUUCUUUAUUUAUUUAUUUUCUUAUUUUAUUUAUUUUGUUCCUCUUUAAUGUACUUGACUGAUUCUCUACCCUUUAUAUAUAUAUAUAUAUAUACUUUUAAAAAACUGUAAAAAAACACAAAAACACAUUUUUUAAAGUUGAAUCUUUACUAAAAAAAUCUUUUGAGAGACUGAUAUUUUAUACACUGAAUCUAUUUCAUCAUUGUGAAAAAAUAAGUGUGAGAAAUAAAAAUGUGUGCUUGAAAUUUGACAGUUUUGAAAUUCAAAGUCGGAUUUUGAUGACUUUAGAAAUUCAAAUUGAAAAUCAGAUGGCACAGUUUGACUUCCAUACGGUUCAUAUUUUGUCAGUGUUCAGCAUGAAUAUUCCGCUCAGUUCGCGGGUUAUUUCAGUCUCAUUUUUCACUCUGAACUUCUCUCUAUUCUCACCUUCAGUCCACAGGAGCUCAGGUGCAGGUCGCAGGUGACAUGCUCCCCAACUCCACCGAGCGAGCGGUGACGAUUUCAGGGGCGCCAGAAGCCAUCAUCCAGUGUGUCAAACAGAUCUGUGUGGUGAUGCUGGAGGUACAGUACAGAAAACAAAAGGAGACACGCACUUUUAAUGUUUUUAUAAGAAGAAAAAUAUUAAAGUUUAAAGUUAUGAUCCUUAAGAUUUCAGCCUCUCUGUUUGGGGACAUUAGAAACUGUUCGACAUCAUAACGGCCAGCAGGGGGCGACAAAGUGGGACCGGGAUCUGAAUAAAUAUACGUUUCUUUUUUUUUUUUUUUGACGAUUAUUAGGACUCAUUUGUACGGUGGCCGAGAACCACCACUGCUGCAAAUAAAAAGGGAUGCAAAAAAAAAUAAAAGAAGCCAUAACGGAAGUUACUGAUGCAAACAAAGAAAGAAACCAAAGCCUGCUGCGAAAUAAAAACAAGAGACAGAACAGUUAGAAAAAAAUUUGGCAAUGGAAAAAAAAAACUAAAUUACUGUGAAAAUAAAAGGAUGCAAAAAUAAAAAGCCACAAGGGAAGUUACUGAUGAUAAAAAAAAAAAAAGCCUGCUGCAAAUAAAAAAGGAGACAGUGCAGAUAAAAAAAGCCACAACGGAAGUUAAUGAUGCGAAAAAAAGUGGCAAUGCAAAAAAAAAAAAACAAUGAUAAAAUUACUUACUGCAAAAAUAAAAGGAUUGCAUCACUGGUGCAUCAUCAUUAUAGGUCCCCGGCAGCUCACUUUUAUUGUGGCUUUUUUUUUUUUUGCAUUUCUUUAUUUUCACAGUUUUUUUUUUUUACAUCGCCACUUUUUUUUGCAUUGUUACCUUCCAAUGUGGCUUUAUUUAUUUCUUUAUCUACACAGUUUUUUUUAAUUAUUUUUAUUGGCAGCAGCCUCCUUUUUUUUUUUUUUUCUGUUUUUGUUUGUUUGUUUUUUUUUUGCAUCAGUAACUUCCACUGACUUCUUUUUUUUGCAUUCUUUUUUAAUUGCAGCAGUGGCAGCUCUUGGCCACCGUACAUUUUCUUAGUUAAAUCAUGACAGAGAGUAAAAACAGAGUUUGCUGCUCUGAAAAUCUGAAGGAUUAUAACUUUAAUGCUGCGUCAGCGCCUCUUUAAAGAAAUUAAACCGUCCCUUUAACAUUUUCAUAAACACAGAGAGGCCUGUCGUGUUUUAUUUUGAAAGAAUUUGGUGUUUUUUUUGUGUGUUUUUAAGUCAUUUGUUCACAUUUCUGCUCAGACUCAGUGACGUAGUUUCCUUCUUAGGUAAAGAGAGAAAAAGCAGGAACAUGUUUCUGAUUUCAUGUUCAGUCAUUUUAUAUAAAAAAAAGCUCCUUUUUUUCCAUCAUUAAUUUGAAACUAUCUGCACAGCCAGUUCUCCAUUGGGCCUUCAUGAUGGCAGCAGCCAUGGAUACUAGGACAUAUGUGACAUGAGUGUAAGUCUCUAGAGUACAGACCACCACACACACAGUCAAGUGCAGAGUGUUGGAGUCAUCAUUAUCCAGUUGAAAGUCCUGGUCCAGGUAAAUCCAGUUUAGUUGUGCACUGAUCCACGAUUUGGACUUUCUCCUCCGGCAUGAACACACAGUGAAGAGCACUUUUGUGUGUGUGAGUGUGUCACAGGUCGUCUUCCCUCAGGCACCGUCCCUCUUUGGUCUCACUUUAUGCAACUUCUGUUUCUUUCUUUCUCUCUUUCCUCCUCCUCCUCCUCCUCCUCUCACACUCUCUCCACACCUCCUCCUCCUCUUCUUCUUCUUCUUCUUCUUCUUCUUCUCCCCCCACUCUCGCCCCCUUUUGCUCUCCUCAGUCCCCACCGAAAGGUGCCACCAUCCCCUACCGCCCCAAGCCUGCCUCCACCCCUGUCAUUUUUUCAGGUGGCCAGGUAAGAGCAGACCCACUGGGGGCGUCCACAGCCAACCUCAGCCUCUUACUGCAGCACCAGCCACUGCCUGUUAGUGUCGCACCAGGUUUUACUCACUUUUCCUCCCUUCCUCACUGCCCCCCCCUCUUCCCUUCCCCUCUGGACGAGCAUGAAACCAUCACUGCUGCCCUCACUCUUCUCCUUCACCUGCAGCCGCCGCAACCAGAACCGGGAAGACCAGGACCGGUUUUUAAAAGAGGGUUUUAUGAAAAAACAAAUAAAUAAAUGAACCCUAAAAAAAUCAUAACAAAGGUUCCUCAGCUGUUUUUUUAUAAUAUUAGAUGUCCUUAAUAACAAACUCAGAUAUCAUGGUGGUAUCUGAGUUUUACCUUUUUCACCUGGGAUCUUAAAAAUGACGCCUUUCUCGUGGUCAAACUUUGGUGAACUUUGAGUUUGUUAUUAAGGAAGUCUAAUUCUAUAAAAAGCAGCUGAGAAACCCUCUGGUUAGAAGUUUUUACGGUUCUGAAAAAGGAGAGGAGCGGCGAUUUUAGAUCCAACCUUUAAAACGGACGAGACGAGAACAAACUGUCAGAAAAAUCUAAACGCACUAAUAUCAUAGACGUGAAAAGACUCACCUGAACUUGUUGGCCUGACAGCAGCAGGUAAACAGCUGAGAAGCUCAGUCAUCAGGACAGACAGCUCACUGGGGGCGCCUAGUGGACUGGAGAUGAACUGCAGGAGGUCAGCGCAGACACAGGACACCUUCAGGGCAGGGCUGUUCCUGAUUAAUCUGUUUGACCGCGAUUAAUCGCACGAUUUCAGCAGUUAAUCGCGAUUAUUCACGUAUUUACUUGCGCUUUUUUAACUAAUAUCAUUAUUUUGCAUUUCAGAACUGUUUUCAGGUCUAUAUGUGAACGUAAAACAACCUUCUUCAGUGUUUUUAUCUGGAAACCAACUUGGACAUUGAGAACUGGCCCUGGGUCAGUCCAGAUUACCUGCUGAUUGUCAACAACACUUCCUCUGGUAUCAGUCAGAUUAACUAGGAGCUGUUUGCUCAAACUGGAAAUAACUCUUUUAAGUCAUGUUUCGCAGUUAAAUCAUGAUUAAUCGCAUCUUUAAUUGCGAUUUACCGUCAGUGAAAGGUGCUUUUUUUCUUCCUUUUAUCUGCUGAUAAACAGAAACUUUCCUCUCAGUGUUUUUAACUGAUCUGCUGAACUAAAAUCAUGGAGUUACGGUGGAAAAAUCCAUAAAUUACUGAAUUACUGCCAUGUCUGAAUAAAAGGCAAGCGCUGAAAUAACUUUCGUAGAUGCAGCCAUCUUGUUUCAGGCCUCCGAUUUCGCUUUUCUUCCAUUUCGAAACGCAGCAUUACUCCGACACCGCUCGCUCUCUGCUGCCACCCCAUGGCCGGUGGUGAAAAGCAGUAAAGUAUUUCCUGAAUUGAAGAGACACGAACUGCGCAUGUCAAAAUUAUAACGAGAGUCAGUGGGGAAAGAUGCACCUUAGGACAUUUCUGAAGACAUACUGUGAAAUUAAAUAAAGUUUGGAAAAAGAAAUCGCAAAGAAUAAAGAAAAAGAAAAAAUUUAAAGAAUAAAGAAAAAGAAAAAAUUUAAAGAAUAAAAAAUAGAUAAUUUAAAAAUGACUUCAAAAAAAAAAAAACAGGACAUUUUUUACAACAUAGUGUGAAAUUAAAUAAAGUUACAAACAAUAUCCUUGAAAAAAUCAAAUAAAACAAAAAAAAUAAAAACAAAAAUAAACCUAGGAUAUUUCUCAUGAUAUUUUGUGAAAUCAAAUAAAGUUUGGAAAAAAAUAUCCUUAAAAAAAAUUAAAAAAUUUUAAAUUUAAAAAAGUUCUAAACUGACCUUUUCUUAUGAAUUAUUUCCUUCACUACCUCUCCUCAAACUAUAUUAUUCAAUUUGCCUUUUUAAAACACAGGAUUUACAUUUAAAAGUCAUUUUAAAAAUGUUGUUUUUAAAGGAAGGGCUGCGUGAUUCUACAUCCUGUGAGACAGAGCGCCCUCUAUUGACCAGUCACCACUGCUAUUUACCAUUAUAAUAUAAUAUUAAUCAUAGAUAUUCUGUAUUUUACAUUACUUCUACAUUUAAAUGAAGCUCGGCUCAGUCCUGACCUCCGUGACCUCUGUAACCUGGGGUCACGAACCUCCUCUCAGGGCCGCCCCUCUGGUUCCUCCCUCACGCCCUCCCCGCCACCUCCCCGUCUGUCUCAGUUAUCCCUUAUUGAUGUAGUUCAACUGGAUCUGAUUGAUGAGUAACAGCAGACACAGUGUGAGUGUUUAGUGCAUGAGUUUGUGAGAGUGAGUGGUCGACAGUUUGAUCCUGUUUUUAAAGUGACUCAGUGUUUCUGUGCUCGUCCUGAUCAAGAUAACCAUGAGCUCCUCCUCUGCUGUUUGCAGGCUUAUACCAUUCAAGGACAGUACGCCAUCCCUCAUCCAGAUGUGAGUGCUCACGCCUCCAGACCGCCCUGACUCUGUUUCUCUCUCUCUUUGACUCGCCGCUCUUUUAUUCUCUCUCUCUCUCCACCCAUAUUAAUAUUAACUCUUAAUAUUAAUACAGCUUUUGUUCUGAGAUGUCUUUCCUGUUUCUUCUAACUUUCUGACUCUUCCCCCCCUGCGCCCUUUUCUGUGGCCUUAAAACUCAUGAGGCUCGGCCUGAAAAUCUGUCAGACUGACCCCCGACCUCCACCUUCAUCCUGACCGUCUCCUAAAAGGUCGUAUCCUCCGAUCGUAGCUGAUCGUAACCAUUCAAGUUAACGUGUCAAUUUACACCGACUUCUUUCUGUUCCUCUGAGGAUCAAAAUCAAAAUCUGACUCUCUUUAGAAGGACAACUGGACUUAGCUGAGAUGUUUGGCCUUACUAAAUAUAAACAUCAAAUAAGUUUAACAUACUGGUUUUAAGAUGAGAUUAUUUAAAAAGGAACUUUUUUACAGCCUAAAAAUAUGUGAUUUAUACUAAAUAUAAGCAGUGACAUAUUUUGCAAUUACAAAAUUUCUUAAGUUCAGAAUUUUCAUUGUAGAAAUAAGCAUUAAAUUCUGGUUGUAAGAUGUGGUUUUUCAAUUUGAGAGGUCGAAAGUUAAAGUUUUUUAGACUUCAUGAUUAGAUUUAGUCGAUUUCACAGAUUUUAGGGCUGGAAGAGUUAAAUUCUAAUGAUCUGAUCUUAAACCAGCAUGUUUGUCUGACUUUAAUCUUCCAAAUACAUUUGUAGACAUGAUUAUUUCUAGACUGAACAAUCUUCAUUCAAGAAAUCUUGUUCAGUGAAAUGAUCUUGCUGCAUGGACAGAUCAUUUAUCUUGUUUUUAGUCUCUUUUAUCUUGUUUUUAGUGUUUUAAUCUUGUUUUUUAUUGUAAAUCAGAGCGUCGUCUGCGUACGGUUUGAGUUCACUGAAACAGGAAUCGGGUCGAGUCCUCCAUGAGUCUCCUCUUCUUCUUCUUCUUCUUCUCUGGUUUCUCUGUCUUUGUCCUCACCGGUCUGUGUCGGUUCGUCUCCUCAGAUCCUCUCUCUACUCUCUGAGUGUUUUUCAGACACACCUGUGCGCCUGUGUGUGUGUGUGUGUGUGAGCGUGUGUGUGUGUGUGUGUGUGUGUGACUUUCUGUGUGUGUUUUUAACAAUGACCUCAUAGCUCUGCUGUCCUCCUCCUCCCCCCCUCAGCAGUUGAGCAAGCUCCACCAGUUGGCUAUGCAGCAAACCCCCUUUACCCCCCUCGGACAGACCACCCCUGCCUUCCCCGGUACGUACCCACCUACACGACGAACCCUCUUUACCGCAGCUCCUUCUCUCGUUUUUACCUGUAGAGACAAACACUCUCUCUUCCUCCUUUGACUUCUCUUUCUCUGUCCUGCUGUCGCUCUCUUCUUCUUCUUCCUCUUCCUCUUCCUCUUCUCGUCGUCUCCUCCUCUCGGUCAGAAUCACGUGACAUGGCCUGCUGGUGGUCUGCUCUUGUCCAUGUUGAGGUUUUUCUUUCGUUCUCUGGUGUCCCUGUUUUGAAGGAGCUCUGAGUUCUCAGGGUCUGGGCUCCGGACUAUCCGGUAGGGCUGCACGAUAUAUCGUUUGAGCGUCGUCAUGGCGAUGUAGGUGUGCGCGAUAGUCACAUGUCAGAGCCUGCGAUGUAGGAGGAGAAUGAACUCGUCUUAUUUCAAGGGUAACUGACUGACAAACACUGACAUGUGACUCUGCAGCGAUCCACCAAUCACAUUCAUUCUUUACUCAGCUGCCAAUCAGACUACCCUGCCAGCUGUCAAUCAGAUCAGAGAGGAGGAAACCACGCCCCCACACAUGGAGUGAGUCGCUGGCGCUGCCGGUGUUGUGCCGAGAAAUGUAUGGAAGUCAAUCUGUGCCAUCUGAUUUUGAAUUAGAAUUUCUAAAGCUAAACUUUUUUUCCUUAAAAUCAGACUUUGAAUUUCAAAACCAUCGAAUUUCAAGAACGCAUUUUUAUUUCUUAUACUUAUUUUUUUCAUAAUGAUGAAAUAUAUUCAGUGUAAAAUAAAAUAAAUCAGUCUCUCAAAAGAUUUUUUUAGUAAAAAUUCAACUUAAAAAAACUGUGUAAAUAUAAAAUAAAUAAAUGCCAAAAAAUUCAACAUAAAAAUAUUUCAACAUAAAAAAAAAAGUUCUGUUUAAAAAAAUUGAGUGUAAAACAGACCGACUUAACAUCUGGGUAAUCAGGGAGAAGCAAUCAGUUCCUCACUCGUCCACUGGGGUCGGUGUCACAUGACCAACCCAGCAUUAAUUGAUUGGCUGGCCGAUGGAUGAUUGAGUCGGUCUGUUUUACACUCAAUUUUUUGACUUUGAAUUUUUUUAUGUUGAAUUUUUUUACAUUUAUUUAUUUUUAUAUUUACACAUUUUUUAAGUUGAAUUUACUGAACAAAUCUUUUGAGAGACUGAUUUUUUUACACUGAAUUUAUUUCAUCAUUGUGAAAAAAAAGUGUCAGAAAUAAAAAUGCGUGCAUGCAUUUUUGCAUUAAAUUUAAUAGUUUUGAAAUUCAAAUUCUGAUUUUGAUGCAAAAAAAUUCAGCUUUAGAAACUCAAAUUCAAAAUCAGAUGGCACAGAUUGACUUCCAUACAAACGCAUACUUUAAGAAUAUUACUCAUCACAAAUAAGAACUGUAUGGGUUUGAAAUUGUACAUUUCCGUGGACCACUCUACUAUUGGCGGUGCACGUUUUGCGAGGUGGAUGCAAUUAUCGGCGGACAUGUGUUUCACUGCUAACAACAACAACGAUUGUAAAAUGAGAAAAAAACAAGAGAAAACCACCGAAGAUGAAGACUUGUUGGCAAAAAGAAAAGGAAAGUCAGUUAUCUGGAAUUAUUUCAGUUACAGGACGGAUGACGUCGACUAAAACACGUGUUCUCUGCUGAAAAUUCCUCUACUUUUUAAUAUCGUGAUCGAUAUUGCAGGGUUAAAAAAAACUGACCCGUUAGUUUUUUACAGUAUCGUGCAGCCUUACCCUCCAGUCACACAGAAAUGUUGGGGGUCAAUAGUUGGGUCUGUGAAAACACUCCAGGACUGCAGUUCAUCAUCGAUGCUCCAUGUGCCAAACUCUAUUUUAUGUCCUCUCCCUCCCUCUCUUCCUCCCUCUCUCUCUCUCUGCCUCCCUCCCCCACUUCCUGUGAGCAGCAGCAGGUCUGGAUGCCAGUAACCAGGCCAGUACUCAUGAACUCACCAUUCCCAAUGAUGUGAGUACACCAGCCUCCAAACUCACUCGUUCCUACGUAGAUCAUUUUGAUUCACUAACUUCAGAUAUUCCUGUUUUUAGCCAUCAUUUUUAUUCCAGAUUAUUAUUAUUUUUUCAGGAUUGUAUAACAAAGUGUAAUCUCACCCAAAGACCACAGCAAAGUCUCCUCUGAGUUUUAAAGGAGUAAAGUCUCUGAGUUUGAUCCGUUUAGACCUGAUUAUAAAAAUCAUUAAGGUCAUCCAUUAAAUCUGCAGAAAGCCGGAGGUCAAUGUCGACAGAACCCCUCUCUACAUGUCAUAGCUCUAUACUCCCGGGUUUCAAACAUCUCUUUAGCUCCCACACUUUUCAGAUCCCUAAUAAGGUGCAUAACAGAUAUUAUUAUGAUUAUUAUGGUUAUUUUUAUUAUUAUUUUCUUCAUAUUUUUAUUAUUACUAUUUUACAUUAUUGUUGUUAUUUUCAUUAUUAUUAUUAUUAUUAUUGUUAUAUUUUUACAUCAUUGUUUUUUAUUAUCAUAAUCAUUAUUUAUUAUUAACAUUUUUAUUAUUUUUUAUAUUAUUUUAUUAUAUAAUUAUUUUUAUUAUUAUUAUUAUUAUUUUUUAUUAUUAUUUUGUUAUAAUUAUAAUUAUUUUUAGUUAUUAGUUAUUAUUAUCAUUAUUUUUAUUAUUAUAGUUAUUAUUGUUAUUUAUAUUAUUUAUGUUAUUUAUAUUACUGCUACUAUUAUUAUUAUUUUCAUUGUUAUUAUUAUUAUCAUUAUUUUAUUAUUAUUAUUAUUUAUAUUAUUUAUAUUACUGCUACUAUUAUUAUUAUUUUCAUUGUUAUUAUUUUUAGCGUUAUUUUUAUUAUUGAUAUCAUUAUUAUUAUUUAUUUAUUUAUUUAUUAUUUUACUGUUAUUGUUGUUUUUAUUUUUGUGUUAAAACACUUUGGCAGUAUUGUAGUACCAAUAAUGUCAAUAAAUCUCAUUGAAAUUGAAUUUAAAAUUUAAAUUUAAAUUGAAAUAGAAAUAGAAAGCGGGUCAGGAGCUGACACAGACACAGACCCUGUCUAAUCUCUAUAGAUCUGUGUUCAGGAGACUCUCUGGAGAUUCAGUCUGACAGCAGCUCAGCUCUGCAGAUCUGAGUCUCCACAGUUCAGCAGAGACAGACAGUCCAGGGAGUCCACUUUGUGAAGUGGAUGUCCUUAAUGGAGAAGACUCACGGGCCCGGUCCGAUGGAGGCUAACACAAACAAACGGGUCUGUCCGCCUCUUUCAUGGCCCUCCUUUUUCUUCCCAGCUAAUAGGCUGCAUAAUCGGGCGCCAGGGAACCAAAAUCAACGAGAUCCGUCAGAUGUCUGGGGCGCAGAUCAAAAUUGCUAACGCCAUGGAAGGGUCAUCGGAGCGCCAGAUCACCAUCACAGGAACCCCCGCCAACAUCAGCCUGGCCCAGUACCUCAUCAAUGCAAGGUUCGAUCCUGUUCUGAUACUAAAUCCUUAAGCUACCUUUGAUUAGUACCUGGUCUGAGGUUUGGGCCGUAUCAACCAUGUCCCAGAUCCAGACAGAACCAUGUCCCAGAACUAAACUGUAUCAAACAACUACCUGUUUCUUAGUUUAGAUAGUGACUGAAUUAUUAUUAUUAUUAUUAUUAUUAUUAUUAUAUUAGUAUUAUUAUUGUUGUUGUUGUUAUUAUUAUUUAUUUAUUAGUAUUAUUAUCAUUAUUUUUUUUCAAAAAUUUUAUUAUAAUUAUCAUUAUAAAAAUUUAUAAUAAAAAAUGAUUAAAAUAAUACUACUACUAAUAUUUUUUAUCUUAAUUAUUUUUAUUAUUUUUAUUAGUAUAAUUAAUAUUAUUAUUAUUUUUAUCAUCAUAAUAAUUAUUCAUAUAAUUAUAAUUAUAAUUAUUAUUUUCAUUAAUUUUAUAAUUAUUAUUAUUUCUUUUAUUAUUAUCAUUUUUUUAAAUUUAAUUAUUGUAAUUAUUAUGAUUGUUAUUAUUAUAUUAUUAUUAUUAUUAUUAUUAUUAUUAUUAUUAUUAUCAUUUUUAAUAUUAUCAUUAUUUUUAUUUUAUCUAUUUUAAUUUUUUUAUUAUCAUUAUUUUUGUUAUAAUUUUUUAUUUUUUUAGAUAUUGUCAUUUUUUUUUGUCCUGGUAAGAACUCAAUCAUUUGCAGUUGAAGUCUCACCUGUCCCCGUUCGUCGUCUCCAGGUUCAGGGACGUGGCGGCCAUGUGGAACGAUCCAUCUUCCAUGACCACAUCCUGAGAUCCCUGAUUGGCUCCUCCGUUUGGCCCUUUCCAAUGACUGACUACCGCCAAGACAACCCUGAUGAUGAAGCCCUCCGGACUCUGGCUCUGGCUCUCUGAAAAAGGCUGACGGCCUCCCUGCCCCGCCCCCGGCCGGCCCCUAAGCUCUUGAUUGGUCGGUCGGGGAGGGCGGUGGCGCUCAUCUCUGUUUCCGAGAGCCAAACUGAAAC